CUGUUACUUCUCCUUCUCUCUACCUCUACCUUCUCUACCGCAGUUUAUUCCUUUACAACCUCUGUAUCGCCCGAAUCACUCACAAUUUCACCCCAAUCAUGAGUUCUCCCUUCGAUAUCAAUGGCGGUGCCUGCGUCGCCAUGGUGGGUAAGGACUGCGUUGCCAUCGCCUGCGAUCUCCGCCUGGGCAUGCAGGCCUUGACCGUCUCCAACAAUUUCCCCAAGAUCUUCAACUACGGCCCGUCGACCUUCCUCGGCUUGACGGGUCUGGCGACCGAUGUGGCGACCGUGUCCGACCUUUUCCGCUUCAAAGUGAACAUGUACCGUCUCCGCGAGGAGCGGAACAUCGCGCCCCAGACCCUGGCCAACCUGGUCAGCUCUUCGUUGUACGAGAAGCGUUUCGGUCCUUUCUUCGUCAGCCCUGUCAUUGCCGGCAUCAACAGCACAACGGGCAAGCCCUUCAUCUGCGGGUUCGACAGCAUUGGGUGUAUCGAUUUCGCCAAGGACUUCAUUGUGAGCGGAACCGCAAGUGAUCAGCUGUUCGGUACUUGCGAGGGUCUGUGGGAGCCGGACUUGGUAUGUGUCCUUACGCCUCGGAGGGGUCAUCUUGUCGGAUCAGAUGCUAACUGAGGUUGAUUGCCCUUGACAGGCUCCGGAGGACCUGUUCGAGACCAUCUCCCAAGCCCUGCUCAGUGCGGUCGACCGAGACGCUCUUUCCGGUUGGGGUGCACAGGUUUACAUAAUAGAGAAAGAUAAGGUUACCAAGAGACUAUUG